AUGGCUUCGGACUCAUCAACACCCUUCUCUCGCCUCGUGCGGUUCGUCCCGCGAUCCGAACCGAGCAAAAUCCUCAUCGGCGAGCCCGAGUCGGAUUCGGUCGACGUCGGCAUCGCGGUGCGCAACGGCGAGGAGGUCAAGGUCGCGGUGUGGUCCGGGUCCAGCGUGCUCAAGCCGGGCUCCAAGACGGAUCAGCGGGCCGUCAUCGACCGCGUCCUCUCGCCCGUCUCUGCCGAGGAGGUCGGGACCAUCCGAUGCAUCGGUCUGAACUACGUCCAGCACGCGAAAGAGGUGGGCGUCGCCCUGCCCGACGUGCCCACCGUCUUCCUGAAGCCGAGCACCGCGCUGGGCGACCCGUGGCCGGCGCCCACCGUCCUCCCGCUCCUCACGCAGGCCGACGACUGCGGCGACUACGAGUCCGAGCUCGCCGUCGUGCUGGGCAAGACGGCCAAGAACGUGUCCGAGGCGAACGCCAUGGACUACGUCCUGGGCUACACCGCGUGCAACGACGUGUCCAGCCGGACGUACCAGCUGAAUCAGUCGCAGUGGUGCUUCGCCAAGGGGUUCGACGGGUCGUGUCCGUUGGGCCCGACUCUCGUGUCCAAGGACCUCAUCCCAGACCCAAGCAAGUUGAAAAUGCGCGGUCUUUGGAACGGUGACGUUCUCCAAGAGAGCGGUAUCGACGAUCUCAUCUUCAGCGUCCCAAAGAUCAUCAGCUUCUUGUCGCAGAGCACGACCCUGCCCGCCGGCACCGUCAUCAUCACCGGCACGCCCGCCGGCGUGGGCCUGGGCCGCAAGCCCAAGGUGACGCUGAAGGACGGCGACGAGUUCAGGGUCGAGAUCCUGCCUCACAUCGGCACGCUCGUCAACGCCUUCCAGAACGAGGGUGUGACUGCCGUCGGGCAGUGA